GACUUGGUGCAGCAGUUGGUCAGUGUGUGUUUAGCUCUAAUUCUCUCUUCGGAUUAAUGUGUGUGUUUGGGUCCUUAGUAAGAAUGCAGGUGUGUUUUCUUCUCCUCCUCAUACAGCUUCAUGCUACUAAAGGCUGCACACUGGAACAAUCCGUAGAGACAAAAUCCAUCACUGCAUACACAGGAGACACAGUACUGCUGCCCUGCUCCUGCACUGACCUCACCACACCUGGGACAUUCACAUGGGAGAAAUACACAAAUAAAUGGGUAAAGAUAUCUCCUGAGCAGUACAAAGACAGAUUUCAGCUGGUUAAUGAUCACUCUUCAGGAAAUCUCUCUCUGCUCAUAUCACACCUGACUGUAGAGGAUGAUGGAUUUUACAGGUGUAGUGUCGGAGGUGGUGAAUACAGAGUCUUCAGACUCACUGUUAAAGGCUGCACACUGGAACGAUCCAGAGAGACAAAAUACAUCACUGCAGACACAGGAGACUCAGUACUGCUGCCCUGCUCCUGCACUGACCUCCACACCACACCUGGGACAUUCACUUGGAAAAAACUAAUAAAUUAUUGGGUAGAUAUAUCUCCUGAGCAGUACAAAGACAGAUUUCAGCUGGUUAAUGAUCACUCUUCAGGAAAUCUCUCUCUGCUCAUAUCACACCUGACUGUAAAGGAUGGAGGAGAUUACAGGUGUAGUGUCGGAGGUGGUGAAAACAGAGACGUCAUACUCACUGUUAAAGUUCUUGUAGACGUCACACCUACAAAACCAACCCUGGUGGUCAAGAACAAAAUGAACACACACCCUGAAACAUGUGGAAAAGAGUCUCUCCCCUUCGUCCCCUUCGCUGUGGUGACUGUGAUCUUUCUGCACAUCAUCGUAGCUGUGGUCUAUUGCAGCACCAUAAAGAAAGACUCUCCAUAUAGUCCUGAUAGAGUUCAUUACAGCAGAGCUGAUGGAGAUGGAAAAGUGAAUCUGCAGAAGAGAACAUCAUCAGCAGAAGAGACACAUGUUUAACAGCAGCGACCCUCAACACACCUGAUUAACAGAUCAGAUAGUUCCAUGAGUUUAUAUCACAUGAGUGUAUUACAUCAUCCACCUGUGGCUUUAAACUAAGGCAA